UCGAGGAUUGACAGAAUCCCGUCUUUGACUUGACCAUGCCGUCUCCUGUGGUUUUGGUGGAUGAAUCUGACGAGCAGUCAUGGUGGUGGCAACAGGUUUCCAGGGCUUGGUUUCGAAUCGAGGAUUGGCAGAAUUCCGUCUUUGGCUUGAUCAGUCUAUUGGCAGCACAUUAUCAAAUACACAACAUGCGAAAUUUCUUUGACGGUUUUUUUCUGAUCUGACGUUCCUGAUCAUUACAACAACAGCAACGACAUCGACAUCGACAUCGAACAAGCGUGCGUCCAAGGAC